AUGGAGCUCUACAAAGUCGGCGAAGCGUUCAUUCGCUCCUCGCAACCGCUCCUUCCCUUUCUAGCCCCAGCAGCAUAUCCGCGCCUUCCCCAGCGAAAAGCCAUCGAAGCCGUAACCCGACACUGCCAAACAGCACGCCGACCCUUGAGCACCACCCCUCCUUCCCGAGACGACCGCAGCAAAGCUCCACGGCGUUCACCAGAUGAUUCCGCACCCGACUUCGACAUCGCCGCCCUCCUCGACGGCGCUCUCGACGGCACCAAAGGCACCCCCUCCGCCCCGGCAACCCGAACCUCGCACUUCAAAUCCAACUCAGCGCAGCAGAAAGACAACCCUCCCUCCACCGCCCGCUCAGCCUCAAUAGACCGCUACGCCCCACCACCCGGCGACUCCAUGGACGACAUUUUCGCCGCCAUGAAUAAACAAGCCAAUCAGAGCACCCGUAUCAGCUCCUCAGCUGGUGGCCGUCGAAGCACCGCAGACUACGCCUCCCUACUCAACCCCCGGGACACCUCCGGCCGCUCAUCUCGGAGCUCGGCCUUAUCAUCAUCCAUCAACAUGGACGCCAAUGCCCCCCUACCCAUAAAACUCGGUCCGAGUGUAGGCCGGACAGUAAUUGUCGACCAAGCACGCGGAAUGGACAUCGGUCGUGCCUUCCGAAGCUUGGAAGUGCAGUGCGCGCGGAAUUCCGUGCGGAAAGACUUCAACCGACAGAGAUUUCACGAACGGCCGGGCUUGAAGAGGAAGCGGUUGAGGCAGGAGCGGUGGCGGAGGAGGUUCAAGGAGAACUUCAAGGGGGUCAUUGGAUUGGUGCAGAGGAUGAGGGCGCAGGGGUGGUAG